AUGAACACGUUGGCGUUUGCCGUUUACGCGGGAAGCGUCACGGGCGUGUAUAACUUACCCAACAGGGAGUUCAGCUGGGUUAUCUGCGCCGGGAUCUUCCAGACAGUGGCGGCUGUGGUGGCUGUCAGACGAGGCGAUGGGUACAAUGGCUUCUAUUUCUUCCUCUAUGGGAUGUUCUGGACAGCCAACUCUUACAAUCUGGUUUACGAAUACGUCACAGGCGUGACUCUUCCACCUCUCAUUGCCGUGGGAGUCAUAUAUGUUGUUAUAUUCUUUGUUAUUUCCAUAAUUUCACUGACAAAAGAGCUCUAUCAGUUUCUUCAGAAUAUUUCUUUCUGCAUAAUGUGCGUUGCGUUUUGCGUCGACGGCAACAGGGGAGUGUUCUUAGGAGCUAUGGGCUGGGUAUGUUUAAUCUUUUCUCUGUAUGCAUUAGCAGCACACAUCAGUCGGGUUAGGAAUACUCAGUACAAACUCCCACUUGGCAUGCGUAUUAUUGAAUCUGCAACGCUUAAGAACUUCUUCAAAGACAAAUGUCUGUGUUGUGCAAGGUGUCUAUAUGGAAAACUGAAAGAAAAUAAUUCCUCAAACUCGCUGUUUUCCAAGAAUUUUAUGUUGGGCCAGUCGAAAUACUUGGAUCUCGACGCCGUGGGUUUUGCCCUUAACGCAGUUUCUGGUCUGGCUAUCCUUUGGCUGCCGAAUGGCUUCCUUGUGAUGCCAUGGGUUAUUGGUUUUGGAGGAAUUCCUCAGAUGAUCGUAGCAUCCGUUAGCUUUUCUCGAGGACUGACGUUUGAAAGUAUUGCCUUCUUCACAAUGGGGUCUCUUUGGCUUAUCUGGGGUCCGGCUAGAGGGGUUGGGGUUCUUACACUUGACAACAACGUGGCGGCAGCUGUGGGCGCCAUUGCCUUCUUCAUUGUUGGUCUUCUCCUGCUGAGUCUGUCCACACUGAUUAACAAAGCCUGGUUCCUGCUCAUGCUGGUGUUCGACCUCGUCGUGCUUGCACUCAUCCUCAGAACCCUUGCCAUACCCGGGUCUCAGAUCUACGAAAUUGUCAUCAUGAUCAUAUUCGUUGUCGUCUGCUUCUACUGUUUCGCCGCAUCUGCUCUGAAGGUUGUCUGGGGUCGGGAUGUCCUCCCCGUGGGCAAGCCAAUCGUCCAGGUCAGCAAGAUCCACUCGCAGGGAGACCGGGCCGUGUGGGCAGACGCCAAACGACAGAGUGGGGUCAAAACUAUUGGCGACAUUAUGAACAAGGGAGGAAUUUGCGGAAUCCCUACUGACGUGGUUUAUGUGUUGGUGGCCGCUGUCAAGUUCCCUAAGGCAAUUGAGAGAGCUUACAACACCAAGAAAGAAGCCGAUGACCGACCCAUGUCGAUGUGGAUCUCUAGACGAGAACAGCUGGCGGCUGGGCGUGAACUCUUUGGAGAACUGCUCUGGGACUUCAUGGACGAAAUCUGGCCGGGAACAGUCAGCUUGGUCUUGCCAAAAGGACCAUGGAUGGACAGUCUUGGGAUCGGUAGUGCUGAGAAGUAUAUCGGCCGACCAGACAGCAUCGCGGUGCGGAUGCCGGACAACACGGUGACGUCAGCCCUGAUAGACCUGACGGGACCAGUCGCCACUACGUCUGCCAACCCGACCGGCGAGGCAGACACAACACACCACCUACAGGUGCUCGCCAAGCUCGGGCUGGAGAAUUGUGAUGGAAUCUUGUGCAGUGGACCCGCUCCUGAAAACUCUGCGUCUACUGUAGUCGACUGCCGAAAUGUUCAGACUGGACAACUGGGUUUCUUCCGAAUCGGCAUCGUGAAGAGAACGUACGUGGAAUCCGUGUUCAAUCGAGUCCUCAACAAACACCGCAGUAAAACGACGGGUCUCGCUCCAGCCAUUUCUACAGAAUCCAUCAGUGACAACGACAGCGGCGUUGGGGCAGGGGACGCUGCGGAGGGCGCCGACACGGACAACAACGACACCACCCAGAGCAUCAGUGACGACAGCGGGAGUCGACAUUACGAGAAGGAAAACGUCGGUGGCGGCGGCGGUCACGUGAAUCCGGCGUUUGAAGGAGACGAAGAGACAGGCAAUGGCGGACGCGCCAAUCCCAGCUACGAAUCGGUGUUUCUUGAAGUCCCAGACAGGAUCGACGAAUCGGGCGAUUCAGCGAUGGUCGAUGUCAGAUCAGACUUCUACGAGAGAAAUGUCGAUGACGAGGGAACGGAGAAUGGUUCCGAUUGGUCAGAGAAUCCUUACGAACCAAUGACAAAAUUCCCAUCCGGGGCUCUGCGAGCCCGAUCUACCAAUCAGAUUGGAGGUAACAAAAAUUGGACUCUUUCAACUCCAGAUGCUAAAGUUCGUAUUAAUCCUAUUUACAAACCAAGUGAAGCGAACGAUGAAGUGUCUAAAUUAUGAAGAAUACAUUUAGUGAAUGAACUAUUAUGGGAAGAAACUAUUGAUAAGUAAAAAAUAACUGUGAAGCAUCUAGCGCAGUGCUUGAAUUGAGAAAAGCGAGUGUCCACUACAGAACACUGAUGUUAAGGGUUGAUUAAGACAUGAAAGAUUCUUAUUCACAUCUAGUCGGUUCUCAAGAUGAAGGUACAGCAAGAAGUACAACUGUGAUAAUGUAUGUUCAAAGACAAGGUCACACAGUCCGUUAAUCUACUAAAUAUUGACUGAAAAUAUAUCCAUUUUAUACGUUCCAUGAAGUACUUGUUACAAAUAUAAAUGUGUAUACUAACAGCUAUCCAAUCAGCUAUAUAUUUGUCAUUUCGGUAUUUUGGUAAAUAAUUGAAUUAUAGAUACGUAGCCAUAAUUAUAUACUAGUAUAUUUUUUAUAUCCGUUUAUAUCUAACGCUAUUUUAUGUGUUUGGAAAGCGGCUUAUGAUAGCCAGCGUUAGCUGAAGAGAGAACGUACGCACAGUAUAUAUUUCAAAUUAUCGGUACGACUCAAUUCUUUACUAGGUCAACUACCGUGUGAUCCGGUCUUUAAUGAACUGCAUUUUAUUUUCUAUUUGUUCUUUUUUCUUUUCGAUUUUAUAUAUAAAGGUAUUUCUUUAUUUUGUUUGACGGUGAUCCCUCCAUAACGAGAUACUGGUGCAUGUAGCUCGAGUGUCCUCUAAGCGUUAUGCUAUUAUUGUCAUAUAUAACAGAAAACGCUAGAGAACACUCGAGCUAUGGUGCAUGGAACUCGCCUCGUAUAUAUCGUCAGUGGCGUAGUGCUAUCAAGCUCUACAGUGUCUCAAGCUUUUCCUUUUGUUUCGAAAAUUAAUUUUGAAAUCUCACGCCAGAUGUGUCUUUCAAAAUAUAUUUUGUCAUAAACCUCAAAGAGAUAAUUUGGAUUUCAUUAAAGUA